AUGCAUCACUCUGGCGGUACCGGUUACGGGACCGGGCCCCAGGAGCGAGUGCACCAAGCGCCGCGAACUGUUGGCCAACCUGAUAAGUGUCCGUACGAGACCUACCAGGCGCAGAUACCGGACUGCUGUGCAGCCGCCGCUGCGGUGCAGGAUCCGUAUCCACGACCGCCAAGCGGGUACGACGGCAGGUGCUACGAUGAGUGUCAUCGUAGGACCCCCUAUCAGGAGGAUACCUAUUCCCAGGAUGUACCUCCGACCUUCCAUCAGCCCCAGUCCAGACUGGGAUACGAGGAACGUCCCCAAUCACGCGUGGGAUAUACCUCGGAUUCCAGGUGCGCCAGUGGACUUGGGUACGACGACAGUGGCGGGGGUUACCUUGACCAAAGUGAUCCGAGGAUGUAUUGUACCAGCGGUUAUUGCAUGGGGGAUACCAUGAUGGCCACCAGCAGAGGUGUCUGCGGCGAGGAGGUCGAGCUAGACAUGCGGAGGCAUAUCCAGGCGUGCGCUUGUACCUGCAACCACAUGGGCUACGGAAAUUACAUGGACUAUCAGACGACGUGCCUAACAGAACUGCCAGACGUUGCACCGUGUAACGGCACAGUACGAUUGCCACCGCCGUGCGAGGACUCGCCUAGCAGCGGCAGCAGCAAAGACUGCAGGGAAGAGAGCCCUCGCAGAAGGUGCCGAGUGCUAGCGUCCAUCUUGCUCCUAGUAGCGGCUCUGCUUCUCGGAGGACUUUGUCUACCGUUGCUUCUACAAUCCGCGCCUGUUACGCACCAGCAAAGGCUGGACGUGAUCAGGAGGAUUCUCACUGAAGUGCCUCUGAUCGAUGGGCACAACGAUUUGCCCUGGAACGUUAGAAAGUUCGUACACAAUCAGCUCGGCGAGGUUAAUCUGAGCAGCGACCUCGGCAGGGUGGAUCCCUGGGCCAGAUCAGACUGGAGUCACACGGAUAUUCCUAGAUUACGUGCUGGCCUUGUCGGUGCACAGUUUUGGUCUGCAUACGUUCCAUGCGGUGCGGCUCAGCUGAAUGCAGUUCAACUUUCCUUGGAACAAAUCGACGUGAUCCGCCGACUCGCCGAGAUGAAUGCUCAACAUUUAACUUUGGUUACCUCCGUCAAAGGUCUUAUCGAGGCGCAUCGAGAAGGCAAAAUCGCAAGUCUCAUCGGAGUAGAAGGUGGUCACUCCCUAGGGAAUUCCUUGGGUGUUCUCAGGACAUUUUACGGCCUGGGCGCGAGAUACCUUACCUUGACGCAUGCCUGCGAUACUUCCUGGGCAGUCUGUUCAGUUGGCGAGACGAACAGUACCCAGGACUCCACGCCAGGUCUCAGUGAGUUUGGAAAGGCAGUCGUCAGGGAACUAAACAGACUGGGGAUGCUAGUGGAUCUCUCUCAUGUCUCGACAAGGACUAUGAGGGCGGCUCUGCAGACGACGAGGGCACCGGUCAUUUUCUCUCACAGUGCUGCCAGGGCACUCUGCAAUUCCACUAGAAACGUGCCAGACGACGUGCUUAAAAAUCUGGCUAAAAACGGCGGAGUGGCAAUGGUUCCGUUUUAUACAUACUUCAUAACGUGCAACAGCACCGCAACAAUAAAAGACGUUAUUGCGCACAUCAAUCACAUCCGAAAGGUGGCGGGAAUCGAUCACGUUGGAAUAGGAGCCGGCUUCGACGGGAUAAAUUUCACUCCUACCGGUUUGGAGGACGUAUCAAGGUAUCCUCAGCUGUUGGCCACACUGCUGGAAGACCCUGCAUGGUCGGAGGAGGACAUUAAAAAAUUGGCUGGCCUCAAUUUACUGAGGGUAUUUGCGAAGGUCGAGCAGGUACGCGACGAAUGGCACAAAGCAGCAAUUCUGCCGGUGGAGAAGAUCAGUCCGCCUGACAACUCUGCCUGUGUCUACGGGGCGUCUUGA